AUGGCUCAAUCGCGCCAACAUACCCAACAUGUUCACCCCGGUGACCUUCCUUACGCCACACCAGUCCUGCGCUCCGCUUCACCCAGCGGCUCCAUCAAUACCGAAUAUGGCCCAGACGAGACCACACUAUCUGACAGUGAACUUAGUCCAGAAGAAUUCGAUCGAAAAGUGCAAAAGCAGUUAGGUCUCCACGAACAGAGAGAACAGGAGUAUAGAGCCCAGUCUACCCCGCUGCUUUGGCCAAAGCCGAAGUCGCCACAGGAGGAGCAAAUUCUGUUCGACAGAGUUAUGCGGAAUCUGAGAUUUGAGGUGGCCAUGCUCGAACAAGACGAGAUUAUCGAGAGCACCAUGGCUCGCACGGCACGCAUGGCUACCGAGACGCAACCUUCGUCUAACGACAUUGAUGCAAUCAUGCAGAGUAUGAUGGGUCCUCCACCUUCCAGCAACCUGACGUCCGCCAGCCACACUCAGGGUACCACUCUCACUCCGAUGGACGUGGAUGAUGGCCCUGGACCGUUCGACUUCAACUUUGCAAGGAGAAGCGAAGAGGAGACAACGGCGAUGUAUGAAGCUGGCAGGGAGGGUAUGGAUAUCGGUAGGAACGGAACAAGGAAGGGAAAGGCGAGGGAUAUGUCGUGACGGAGUGCAUAGACGUGAGACUAUUUUUGAGGUGAUGUCGUACUUGCUUUCUGUAUACCAACCCUGUUGUAUUCUAGUGCUUUCUUGAGUAUGCGUAUCUUCC